GUGUGUGUGUAUAUCUCUGGCUGCGAUGAUAUAUACUUCACACGAUACCGCCGAGAAUUCUUGGAUUUCCAGAAGCCCCGAAUCGAUCCCCUCCUCAUCUCUCCCCGUCUAGCCGUCGUCCUCUCCUCCCUUAUCGAUCCGGCCACUGAAUUCUUCUACCCUCUGAAGCAGGUUGAUUCUUUGUCGUUGCUGCUUGUUUCUGCAAUCUGCAGGGUGUUGAGUUGCACAGAGCUGUAGCUAGUGUAUAAGCAUCAGCCAGCUCUGGAGGACCUUGUGCCGAUGAUGCGUUGCAGGUGAUGGUGAGCGUGGCGAGCCCGAGUCCGAUGGUGCGGUCGGAGGAGGACCUGGGUCCGCCGUGGCUGCGGCCGCUGCUGGGUACGAGCUUCUUCGUGCCGUGCCGCAUGCACCCGGAGCUGAGCAAGAACGAGUGCAACCUCUUUUGCCUCAGCUGCACCGACGACGCGCUCUGCGCCUACUGCCUCCCCGCCCACCGCGACCACCGCGUCGUCCAGAUACGGCGGUCGUCGUACCACAACGUGAUCCGGGUAUCGGAGGUGGGGAAGCUGAUCGACAUCUCGCACGUGCAGACGUACGUGAUCAACAGCGCCAAGAUCGUGUUCCUCAACGGCCGGCCGCAGGCCAGGCCCGGCAAGGGCGUCACCAACACCUGCGAGAUCUGCUGCCGGAGCCUCCCGGACUCCUUCCGCUUCUGCUCCCUCGGCUGCAAGCUGGGAGGGAUGCAGUGGGACCCGAGCCUGACCUUCGCCAUCCGGCCGAAGCGCGGCCAGGGCUCCGGCGACGACGGGUCCGGCUCCGACGACUCGUUCAGUCCCAAGAAGCUCCGGAGGGCGGCCGGGUUCGAGCUCGGCCGCUUCGACCGGCCGGGCAUCCGGUGCCGGUGGUCCGACGACGAGGGCAGCAAGUCCAACACCGGGCCGAUCACGCCCGGGACGCCGCCGAUCAGCCGGUGCCGGCCGUCCAGGAGGAAGGGCAUCCCGCACCGCGCCCCGUUCUACGGUUAGCUAGACGCCGGUGCAACACACUCAUCAGCUUUCACUUUACUCUUCAGCUUGCACAAUGUGUCACUCAGGUCUGAGAAAGUGAAGCGAUCCAAUCUGCAGCGUGCCACUGCCCACUGGUAGGUCACCUGUUACUGUUAGAUAGUAGUAUUAGCUAGCUUGAUACAUAUAGUUGUAUAUAUGCAUACACAAUAAUGUACGUAGGUGAAAGUAUAUGUGUACAUACAUAUGAAUAUAUUGACAAAGUUUGUCAAGUCAUGUAGACAUAAUUUGAAAGGAGAUAGAAGCAUAGGUAGGGUUCUUAAAUUAGUUUGGGUAGUGGUCGAGAUUGAUAUGUGAAAGGGAAUAAGCAUCAUGUAUUUGUCUCGGUUUGUAGUAUUUGGCUAUUUGCCCCCACCACCCAAUGCGUUUAUUAGCGUUGUGGUGUGUAGUUUUUUCUUCAAGUUUCUUUUUAAUCUCCUUUCAGGAACCUAAUAUGUAUACACAGCGUGUAUGUUGUUUUUACUGGAAGAAAAAGGAAGAAAGGGAAAGGAAUAAUGCCCUUGUGCUAUGUUUGUUA